GAAACGCAGUUUUCACGAAAGCGAUAAUAUACAUCUGGAGAUGGACUAAUCAAUGGCUAUCAUUAGUCUGCUAGUAUUUCUUGCCGAAAAUAUAGCUGCUUUUUGUUGAAAAAUAACGAAAAAAAGAAGUAUGAAAGAUGCUAUAAAUGUUUGUGAAAAAUUUAAAUCGCCGGUAUUUAGUCUCCAAAACAGUCUUAACAUAUAGUUGUAGUCCUUUUGGAGUUAAGAAAAUAAGAAGAAAGAUACUCAGUAUUGUGAAAAAGAAUUCGCAUAGCUAUUAAUAGAAUUAUUUAGUAUUUCAAGCAUCUAGAUGGCCCUUUUAUUCACAAGUAUGUGGGACUCGACAAUGUUCCUUAGUACACUAACACCAAAAUUUUAUGUUGCUCUUACGGGAACAUCUUCACUCAUAUCUGGCUUAAUAUUGAUAUUUGAGUGGUGGUACUUUCGAAAGUAUGGCACAUCAUUUAUCGAACAGGUAUCCUUAAAUCAUAUUUCUCCAUGGAUUGGUGGUGGAGAUAAUGGAUCCGAAAGUAGUAGUAGCUCAAAUGUAAGCAAUACAAAUUCUACUAACCAACAAAAUGUACCAGAAUGUAAAGUUUGGCGAAAUCCAAUCAACUUAUUCAGAGGAGCAGAAUAUCAAAGGUUUUACUGGGCGACAAAUAAAGAGCCCUUGACAUAUUAUGAUAUGAACUUAUCGGCUCAAGAUCAUCAAACCUUUUUUACAUGUGAAGGUGACACAGGAAAAGCUGAAUAUGAAAUCAUGCAAACUGCUUGGAGAGAACGCAAUCCUGUAGUGCGCAUAAAAGCAGCUCACAGUGCUUUGGAGCGUAAUCCAGACUGUGCACCAGCUUAUAUUCUACUGGCUGAAGAAGAAGCUACUACUAUUUUAGAAGCUGAAAAAAUUCUCAAACAAGCUCUCAAGGUAGCAGAGAACAAUUACAGAAAGUCACAAAAUACUCAGCAUCAAGGCUCUAUCGCAGAAGCUAUUCACAGAAGGGAUACAAAUGUACUCAUUUAUGUGAAGAGAAGACUUGCCAUGUGUGCCAGAAAACUAGGUAAACUAAAAGAAGCUGUCAAAAUGUUUAGAGACCUGACAAAAGAAGUACCUCCAAUUAUGAAUGUCCUGAACAUUCAUGAGAAUCUCAUAGAGGCACUUUUAGAAAUGCAAGCGUACGCAGAUGUGCAAGCAGUAUUAGCCAAAUACGAUGACAUAAGUUUGCCCAAAUCAGCAACGAUAUGUUACACAGCAGCCCUCCUGAAGGCAAGGUUAGUAGCCGACAAAUUCUCUCCAGACAUAGCUAGCAAAAGAGGUCUCACCACAGCUGAGAUGUCAGCAGUCGAAGCCAUUCACAGAGCUGUGGAGUUCAAUCCACAUGUUCCCAAGUACCUGUUGGAGAUGAAGCCUCUCAUACUUCCACCUGAGCACGUACUAAAAAGAGGAGACUCAGAAGCAAUAGCCUACGCCUUCUUCCACUUGCCUCACUGGAAACAAAUGGAAGGUGCGCUAAACCUGCUGCACUGUACCUGGGAGGGUACCUUCAGAAUGCUACCCUAUCCGCUGGAGAGAGGACAUCUGUUCUAUCCGUAUCCGACUUGCACAGAAUGCGCGGAUCGUGAGCUUCUACCUUCGUUCCACGACGUGAGCGUCUAUCCGAAGAAAGAAUUGCCCUUUUUCAUCCUGUUCACGGCUGGAUUGUGCUCGUUCACGGCCUUGGUAGCACUUUUGACGCACCAGUACCCGGACACCAUGGGAGUCGUGGCCAGGGCCAUGCUCGCCUGGUUCUCAUUGCCGUUUCACUAUGUCCUCGACAAGCUGGAGGCCGUUCUACCUUCGAAUCUCCUGCAGCAGCUCUCUAGAAUAUAAGACGAGGCAGUUUUUUGUGGCAAGGGGCGCCCGGUGAAAAUACUUUUUUGUCGACGCUGAUCAUUUCUCUAUAGCACACUCGUUUUAAUCUUUAAGACAGCAACUUUAUGGUAAUAAUAUAAUAAUAUUAUUAUUAUUCAAAGCAUUUUGAAACAACAUAAAAAUGCUGCUAUGUGUCAGAUACUUUUUUUUUUAUGAUCUGCGAUAGAUUUUUUAAAAUGAAUGCCCGACUGCUUAUCUUACCAUUGUUUUAAUUCAAUUUACAAACUGCUAUACAUAUAUACAUUUAUAAUAUUGUAUCAAAUUAACUGCAAUUUUUAUGUACUUUAUACACAGCACAAAACCAAAUAUUAAUUCGUAAUAACUUUUGAAAGACUUGUUGUAUAAGUAUUCAUAUGUAAAAUAUUUUGCCAAACUAUCAAUUAAACAACAGCCAUGGAGAUUUUAUUGGUAAAAGACAUGGUUUUUAACGCGAUCGAUUGCAAUUACCGCUAUAGCUAUAACAAAAAGAUAUUUUCACCAGGUAUCUUUGUGAACCCAAGGAUCUAAUGUGAUAUUUGCGAUACUUAACAAUUUUUCGUUCCUUAUCUUCCAACACUCACACGCAUGCCACUUAAAUGUAUACAUGGCGAUGUAUGUAUGUAUGUAUAACCCAUCACUUCCUUGUUCCGUCUUACUGAAGAAAAAUUAAGCUCUGGAUUUGUUCAGUCGCUUGAAAAAAUAAGAUUAAAAUGUAGCGUUAUGUAUGCAGAUCUUGUCAAAUUUAAUACUAUCAUAUAGGUAUAUAAUAUUUAUAUUUCGUACUUUACAAGUUUUUUUUCAGCAAGGUGGAACUAUACCCUAAGAACUGAUAAUCUUACGUAUUUAUAAAAUUGUUUGAUUACUUAAUUAUUUAAGUCAAUUAAAAGUAUUUUACAUUACCAAACUCAGUGUACAAACAAAAUUAUAAUGUGCACGUAAUUUGAACUAAAAAAUUCUUUAUAUAACACUUCCUGUCAUAAUAUUUAUGUAUAUUAGUGAAACAAUGUUAAUUUUAUCAAUGAUGAACGCUCUCAAUUUCGUAAAGUGCUCAUCAUAGUCCAUCGUUUAUACAACCACAAAAAAGGUUUACUUCUAUUGUUGUUUUCUUUUUUUUUUAUAAAUAUUUUUAUACAUGUGUAGAAUUGAUCAUAAAUUUUCAAACAGAAAUAGAUUAUAAACAAUGUAGUAUUGACGAAACAUGUGAAAAUAAUAAAAAAAAUAC